GGUGGGUAUCUUGCAGCACAGCACAUAUCUCAAAUUCCCAAUCAUUCUCCUGAUUGCUCCCUGGUAGCACAACAGAACCUUCGGGUGAGUAGUUUGCCAUUGUUUUGUUCAAAUCCGUCUUGUAAUCCUUGUGCUCGCGUCAUCUUCGGAAUUCCGUGUUGGUGAGGGUUCCAUGUGGUGUUGUUGGUUGGUUCGUUGCACCAUCUCACAAACCCCUGGGGUUUAUUUACAUACAUACCUCCCUACCCAGCAAGCUGAAUCCCACGAGGGCCGGCCCAGCCUUAAAUCCACUGGUGGUGCCAACGACCAACGGUCAACCCCUCUACCUAUUUGCAUUUUGCUUCCUCCGGCCCUCACGCGAGCAAUGGAAUACAUCUACAGUUUGAGAAGCCUCUUCGGCUGGCGCAACCUGGCUGGGGCGGCCGUGACAUACUACGCAACACUCGCUUUCUACCGCUUGUUCCUCCACCCGCUCGCUCGGUUUCCUGGCCCCAAGCUCGCCGCCCUCUCGCGCUGGUACGAGGCCUACUACGAUGUCGUUCAAAACGGGCAGUAUACGAAGAAGAUUGCCGAAUUGCACAAACAAUAUGGUCCCAUUAUCCGCAUCAGCCCCUUCGAACUGCAUGUGAUAGACCCGGCAUUCUAUGACAAGAUUUACCGCAUGGAUGGCCGUUGGGGCAAGUACGGCUUCAUGUACGAUGCUUUUGGGGCCAAGAGCUCCACCGUUUUCGGUUCAGAUCACGAUGCACACAAGGCCCACCGCGCGGCGAUUGCCCCGUUAUUCUCCAAGGCCAAGGUUGCUUCUCGGCAAGACCUAAUCCGCAAGAACGUGGACAAGCUCAGCCGGCGCAUCGACGCUCUCGCCGCCAGCGGAACCACACUCAACCUCGGUGCAGCGGUCAGCGCCUUCACCAGAGACAUCGCAAAUGAGUACAUUACGGGCAAGCAGUACAAUGAGCUGGACCGCGAGGACUUCGGCAUCGGCCUGUCCAUCUCGUCCCAGGGCGCCGGCGUGUUCUGGCGCACGACGAAACACAUUCGCUGGUUUGGUCCAACUCUGAGGUCCAUCCCGAUCGACUGGGUCAUGAAGACCGCAGACGAAGGCACCCAGCAGUUCCUUCGCUAUCUCCAGCAAUCCGAAGCGGACACCAAAGAAACUCUGGCGGCGGCUAGAGCCUCUGACCCCAACGACGACAAGUCCCAGACUACUGUAGUGCACGAGAUUGUGCGCUCCAAACUGCCACCUUCCGAAAAGACGUUUGAGCGUGUCUUUGAAGAGAUCGCCACUCUGACGGGAGCGGCAUUCGAGACGACCGCCAGCGCUCUGCGCCUCAUCCUCUUCCAUGUCUAUUCCGACCCCGAGAUUCUGCAGCGGGUACGAGCCGAGAUUGUUGCGGCGGCGGCCACAUCGCCUGACCCGAUCCCGUUGACGACGCUCGAGAAGCUACCGUACCUGACGGCGGUGCUGAUGGAAGGUCUGCGCCUCAGCCCCGCGAUCGGUACCCGAUCGGCCCGCCUUACGAACAAGGACCUCGUCUACGGUGACUGGCGUAUCCCCGCUGGCACGCCGGUGGGCAUGACUACGUUGCUGAUGCAUACUGAUGAGAAGUUGUAUCCCGAGCCGUUGCGCUUCAACCCCGACCGGUGGAUGGAUCCUACGGAUCGGAAGGCGCUCGACAAGGUGUAUGCUCCGUUUUCGAAGGGGACGAGGACCUGCGUUGGGAUGCACCUCGCUUGGGCCGAGUUGUACCAGCUGCUCUCUACCCUUUUCCGGCGUUUUGACUUUGAGAUUUAGGGCGCAACGGCCGAGGACUUUCAACUGGAAACGGACAACUUUGGCAUUGGCACGAAGGCCGGAUGCAACUUGUUUGUCCGCGGGACGCUGUAUGAGGGAUGAUGUAUGACCAUUGUGUUGUUCGAAAGCUUGUUAAUGUAUCAUAUGUUCCCUUGCAACCAUAUGCCACAUGUAUGAGGAGUAAAAGCA